AUGGAUGUCCGCUCGGAAUCUUCUCAGGCUAUUCACCUGCACAUGUGUUUGCUGGCAAUGAAUAAGUCUUUUCAUGUUUCUAUAAUCUAUGGUGAGCAUACAUUUACUGCUCGCCGGUCCCUAUGGACUGAUCUUGUUCAGACCAGCAUGGUUGUUUCUGAUGAGCCUUGGCUGGUGGCUAGGGAUUUCAAUGCCAUCCGUGAUCACUCGGAUAGAAUGGGCAGCUCCAAUGCAUGGAUUCCAGCAUUUGAUGAACUUGCUUUGUGUCUAGACCAAGCUGGGUUGGAUGAUCUUAAAUAUGUUGGCCAUCGCUUUACUUGGUCGACAUCUUCUGGUGCCUCCCGAAAACAAAGGAAGAUUGAUAGAGUCCUUGUUAAUGAUCAGUGGACCAGCACCUUCUCCUAUUCGAAGGCUACUUUUUUGGCUCCAAGGGUGUCCGACCACACUCCUAUGAUCAUUCGAAUUGUGCUUCCCUCUCUGUCCAGGAAGCCUUUCAAGUUCUUUAAUUGCUGGGUGUCUCACCCUUCAUUUCUGCCUAUUGUCACUCAGACAUGGGACUCCCGGAUCACUGGAACUCCUAUGUUCAUCUUAUGCUGCAAGCUGAAGAUUCUCAAGGAAAGACUCAAACAACUUAACAAGGACUCUUUCUCUGAUAUUUCAGGUUGCACCGCACAGGCAAGAUCGGCUUUGUCUAUAACUCAAGAUGCUCUUGUUAGGGACCCCUUAAACCUGUCUCUGGCUGCUCUGGAGAAGGAUCAGCUCCAUGACUUCACGUCUCUUAGGAUCAGGAGGAAUCGUUCUUUAAACAGAAAUCCAGGAUCAAAUGGCUGA